AUGUAUAAUGCGCUCUCCGGCAUUGGGAGAGGUGGCCAGCUAGACACUACAACCCAAGCCAAGGGCCAUAUUGCCCUGGCCUCUAUCAGCGCAGCAGGAAACAUCUUCAUUGCCCCCAUCGUGAACAAUAUUCUAGGACCGAAGUGGACCAUCUUUAUUGGGGGCAUACCUUAUGUUCUUUAUGCAGGAUCGCUGUUGGCUUACACGCACACCGGCAACCAGGGCUUCGUGAUCGGUGCCAGCGGAAUUCUAGGGAUUGGCGCUUCCCUGCUCUGGAUCUCCCAAGGCUCAAUUAUGACUGGCUAUCCGCUACCCCAGCAGCAGGGAAGAAUGAUCGGUAUUUUUUGGAUCAUCUUCAAAAGAAAAGUUCGUUAA